CGUGAUUGCACAAAGGCAGGUCAGGUCUCUCCAGCGCCUUCAUACUAGUACCCUCCCCUUCCACCCAAUCCACAUUCACCCAUGGCUUCCGGUGUUUCCGUCGACCCCGCGUGUCUGUCGACCUACCAGGCGCUCAAGAACCCGACGUCCGCGAAGAAGUCGGGCCAGAGCCCGCUCAAAUACGUGCUCUUCUCCCUCAACGACAAGCUGACGGAGAUCGUCGUCGCGCAGACCGCCGAGACCGGCCAGGACUACGACAGCUUCGUCAAGGCCCUGCCCGAGACGCACUGCCGCUGGGCCGUGUUCGACUUCCAGUACGACCAGGGCGAGGGCCAGAGGAACAAGCUUGUCUUUUACUCCUGGUCCCCCGAUGACGCCAAGAUCAAGGAGAAGAUGGUGUACGCCUCCUCCAAGGACGCUCUCCGCCGAGCCCUUGACGGCAUCCAGAUCGAGAUCCAGGCGACUGCCUUUGACGAAGUGGCCGAGGAAGCUGUCCUCGAGAGGAUCACCCGUGGCCGGUAAACGCUGAUGGAACGCGAUCUUGUGCGAUCCCAUUAUCUUACGCUUCACCAUUGUUCCCGUUGUCCCGUAUCUUCACGUAUCGAGUCUUGUCUCGCUUGAUGAUAUCUCCUCUCCGCGUCUUCCUGUCUCUUACGACCUUAUCCGUGGACUCAUCUGAAGCACACCUCUUAAAUCAGAAGAAUGUAGACCCAUUUGUAUGAAAUACGUUGAAAUUUUUGUCCUCUUCUCG